AUGGUCGGGAUCUUCUCCAGGUUCUCCGCCGGCGCCCACCGCCGCUCCAAGAGCGUGGCCGAGGUUGUCGAGACGUUGGCCCCCAACAUGAGUACAGGAGAGUCUGAUCCAGCAGCUGUUCCUGCAGAGAGCCCUCACGGUAUUGAGGUUGGCGUUGAGUUCAAGCCGGUGGAGCACCCUGUGGAACCUCUCAAUCUUGAUGAGCCAGUAAAAUGCCCACUUCCUGAGCCAUCUAUACUGCAUGAUGGGAGGAUAUGGAAGGAGAAAAUGUCUUCAGUCGGCACGAGGGUGAGAACAGAUUUGCCGGUCGUGAAGGAAGGGUCGCAGCUUGAGUCUGACAGUAGCAGUGCUAGGUCACGAUCUGCAGUUCCAAGGCGUGCCAUAUUGCCCUCCUAUCCCAAUUCGCUUGCCCGUGGAUUUGCCUCUGCCGCCGCAGUCGCGGCGCCGUCCAGCAGGAUGGCAGCUGGUAUCAGCUUGACUGCUUCGGCACAAAAAUCCGCCAGGCCUCACUGGGCUCGUGGCCAUGACAUGCCUGGCGCCCUGGCGUCUGGAGGAGACGGUGGCGAUAGGGUAGGGUCAGUAAGUCGGUUCGAUGACCUCAACCUGGCCACCUGGGAGCCGGUUGGAGAACAAGGGGGCUAG